UAGGGGGCAGCUGUGUAGAACCGCCCCUGGUGUAGGAAGCUCCUGGACCAAAUCUGGGUUUUCAUUUCAGUCUGAGCUUCAACCUUCAUCAGGAUUAAUGACUAGCAGCUGCAAACUUUUCACUUGUGAUGCUGUGAUUGGUCGGUGAAAGUGCCUUGCAACUAUAAUCAGCCAUUUGCAAGGAAAUGCAACUCAAGCAGUAAGGCAGCUCAUCAAAUAUGAUGGCUGGCUUGGCCUUUACAGGGCUGUGGCUCCUUGUCGUUCUUACUGGUGCAAUUAAAGCUUACCCCACCAAUAAAGCCUCGGAUCAUUCAGGGGUCUCCAAUACAAACCCUUCCUUUGGUUUCAGUUGGGAGGAACCUGCGCAUGGAUUUGUGCAUAAGGAGUCUGCUUUCCAGCCUGCAUCAAACCCAGUUUUACAGCUUCAUCCAGAUAAACAACCUGUAUUUUAUCCUGGUGAUCAUAUAAGACCAGUUCCUGCUCCUUAUGGUUCCAAUGUAUUUUCUCCACCUGUACAUCAAGGAAAUGAUGGUGGCUUUCCUGUAGGUUCAACACAGUCUAGAGCUCAAUCUGCACCAGACCAAGUUAAGUGGGCAGUUGAUCCUCACACACAUUUCUCUGGAACUACCCUUCCUAAUGAUGACAGAAAGUUUUCUGAGAGUCCUAGCUUUAUGACGCCUCCAUUCAGGCCAGGUGAAACUUCAUAUGAGGAGAGGACGUAUGAAGAAGGGGACUUUCACUCUGAAUCUGAAGACGAAGGCCUUCCCUCCCAGUACUUACCAGUCAUGGCUCCAAACGAGCCUGCCAGUGGUAGCCCACUAGGAGGACUUUUGAAUCGACUUCGGCUUGGCUACCCUCUAUAUGAGUACAUGUUGCUGAAUAGGAGGUUCCCACCAGGCACGUACACACUUACCUCUGACCACCUCGAGCAUCGGAAGAACCAGAGACAUGACAGUCGCUAUAUUGGUGAUCCUUACAGGCCUGAUCAAAAGUACCGGGAAACUUUCUCUUACCCAAAUCUUCAAAGGCAUCCUAUUCGCUCUGCACAACAAAGAAAUUAUGGCUAUGGUUCUCAAAAUUUUUUUGGAUAAGUCUCAUGGUGCUGCAAGUUUUACUUGAGAUCCUUUAGAAGGUUGCAUCUAUAUUACUCUGCUAAAAGGUAACUUUUGGUUGGCAACCUGAAUUAAUUUAUUUUCCUCAGCUGCUCAUGAUCCCUUUUUUGUUUGGCUCAGCUUACUGCUUCAGGCUUUGUCAUUGUGUCAAAAAUCUAAUGUUACCUUUCACAAAUCUCCUGUGUGAUGUGCUAAAGUUUACUUUAGUAGUGUUGGAAUGAGGUCCUAACUUAAU